AUGCUGGUUACUAUUAAGCCACGGUCGAAGGUCCUCAAGGAGACGAAGGUUAAUCUUUCUGAGAGCUCUACUCUGGAGCAAGUUUUGAUUGAAGUCUCUAGAAACAACCGGAACAUCAGCAAGAACAGGCUGAGAUUGACCUAUGCGAAGGAGAACAAGCAAUUGCCCAUCCUGGAUGACAGCUACUUCAAAGGGCUGGACUCUGCGACCACUGAGUUGUACGUGAAGGACCUCGGUCCUCAAAUCAGCUGGAGACUGGUGUUUGUGUGUGAGUACAUCGGCCCCAUCAUUAUCCACACUUUGCUUUACAGGCUGUCUCAGAACCAGUCUGUGAUCAGCAAGUUCCACAACUCCAGCGUCCACAGAGACCCAUUCUUGUACUCCCUCAUUUACUGGCUGAACACCAUCCAUUACACCAAGAGAGUCCUCGAGUCCCUUUUCUUGCACAAGUUCUCCCAGGCCACCAUGCCAUUGUUCAACUUGUUCAAGAACUCCUCCCAUUACUGGAUUCUAAACGGCUCCAUUACAGCAUCUUACUUCGGUUACGGGUUCUUGAUCGGUAACGACACUUUGCGUCCAGUAUAUGAGUUCCUGCACUUGGAGAAAGUUAAUACUCUGGUGACUUUGUUCCUGAUCAGCGAAGCCUGGAACUUUUACAUCCACUUGAAGUUGCGUCUGUGGGGUGACUUGCAAAAGAAGCAAGGAAACACCACUAAACGUGUGCCAUUGAAUGAGGGUAUCUUCAACGUCCUAGUGGCUCCAAACUACUCUUUUGAAGUCUGGAGUUGGAUCUGGUUUGCAUUCAUCGCAAGAUUGAACAUCUUUGCUUUGAUCUUCCUCGCAGUCUCCGCUACUCAAAUGUACCUAUGGGCCCAAAAGAAGAACAAGAAGUACAACACAAGAAGAGCCUUCUUGAUUCCUUUCAUAUUCUGA